CUUAGAACUCUCUCCAAUAGCAGCAGACGGGGUUUGUUAGUAGGCGGGGCAGCCAGGAGAUGAUUGGCAGGAUUGGCUACAAAUAGGCGUGCGAGUUGCCAGCUCCGCGCCGUGUGAUUGGCACAGCCUGUGGGCACAAUCGGGGGCAGCGGCUGUCAGUAUAAUAGUGUCAUGGCGGCGCUGGGGGUAGUGUGAUGAGGUAGACGGUCGGCGCUGGGCUCAGAUGUUCGCUUGGCUAUGGGGGGCCGGGGCCUGUGCUGGUGGCAGCUCGGCCUCUCACUGGCAGCUGUGCUGCUGAUAAAGGUGGUGGCGUCCGGGCUGGUGGAGCAGGGAUCCCCGGGGACGGAGGCGGGUUACCCCUGGGAGGAGCAGGACGAGCGCAGCAGUAGCCUCAGCACGUUGGCCCCUGGACCCGGGACCUUUCCUGCUGGGGAUGUGAUCGUGGAGGACGAUGAGUCCGGGGCUGAGCAGGAGGAGAGCGGCCGGGAGGAGCCGAGACCCAGGUCCCUGGUGAUCAUCAGUACACUGGACGGACGCAUCGCGGCCCUAGAUGCAGAGAAUCAUGGUAGAAAGCAGUGGGAUCUCGACGUGGGCUUGGGAUCUCUUGUUUCAUCCAGCCUUAGCAAACCAGAGGUGUUUGGCAAUAAAAUGAUCAUUCCCUCUUUGGACGGAGAUCUCUUUCAGUGGGAUCGGGACAGAGAAAGCAUGGAGGCUGUGCCUUUUACAGUGGAGUCUCUCCUGGAGUCCUCGUAUAAAUUUGGCGAUGAUGUUGUAUUAGUUGGGGGAAAGUCCCUUACAACCUAUGGUCUCGGCGCCACCACUGGCAAGGUAAAGUACGUUUGCUCAGCUAUGGGUUGCCGUCGCUGGAAUGAAGAGGAGGGUGAGCAGGAUGAUGUUCUCCUGUUGCACCGAAAACAGAAAACUGUGCGCGCUGUGGGUCCUCGCAGUGGCAGCGAGAAGUGGAACUUCAGCGUUGGGCACUUUGAGCUGCGCUACAUCCCAGACGUUGAGCCACGCGUGGGUUUCAUUGAAGGUCACAUUGAAUCCAGCGCUAGCACGGAUGAGUCUAAAAUAAUUUCUGACAUUGACGAGCAGGAAGCCGGGACGAAGGACAUGUUCAUUAAGGUCUCUGUGGCAGACUGGAAAGUCAUGGCCUUUAACAGGCAGCUUGGUCACCUGGAGUGGGAACACCAGUUCUGCACCCCGAUAGCCUCCGCCUGGUUAGUCAGAGAUGGGAAAGUCAUUCCUAUCAGUCUCUUUGAUGACACGAGUUACUCGUCAAAUGAUGAGAUCUUGGAGGAUGAUGAGGACAUUGUGGAGGCUGCAAGAGGAGCUACGGAGUCCAGUUUCUACCUGGGAAUGUUCCGGGGACAGCUGUAUCUGCAAGCAUCUGUCCGACCAUCUGAAAAAUUCCCAAUUAAUCCAACUGCGUUGGACACCAUGAAGGACGGCCAAGGCAUCAUUUCCCUGCCAAGGAUCAAAUGGAAGCCUUUAAUUCACUCUCCCUCCAGGACUCCGGUGUUGGUUGGUUCAGACGAGUUUGAUAAGUGCCUCAGCAACGACAAGUUCUCCCAUGAAGAAUACAGCAAUGGCGCACUGUCUGUGCUGCAGUAUCCCUAUGCAAAGACAGGAGGCGACCCCCGACUUGGAAAGCAAGGACCUCCAGAGCACAUUGUUGCAGCGGUCAGCCGGGCUGCACAUCCUGCCCAGCAUCUGCCGGCUCUGACUAUGGACAAUGGCUAUUACCUGCCAUACUACAAGAGAGAGCGCAGCACACGUGGAACACAGAUCACGGUUGGAAUUUUGGAGAACCCAAACUACAAGAACCCUCGCAAGAAAGAUCCCGUUGUGCUUCUGCCUUGGUGGAAGGAGAUUGUCGGCACCAUCCUGCUGUGCAUCACCGCCACCACCUAUGUUGUACGCAGACUGUUCCAGCCUAAUCCGCACUUGGCCAGGAAGAGAAAAGAAUCUGAGACCCAGUGUCAGACGGACCAUAAAUACGAGCUGACAAGCGCAGAAAUGAGCGAGAACAGGAGCGACUACAGCUGCGGAUAUGUGUCGCGGUAUCUCACAGACUUUGAACCUAUUCGCUGUUUAGGACGCGGGGGCUUCGGAGUGGUGUUCGAAGCAAGAAAUAAAGUAGAUGACUGCAAUUAUGCGAUCAAGAGAAUCCGCCUUCCGAACAGGAAACUGGCCAGAGAGAAGGUGAUGAGGGAAGUGAAGGCUCUUGCCAAACUGGAACACUCUGGAAUCGUGCGCUAUUUCAAUGCGUGGCGAGAAGAACCCCCCGAGUUAUGGCAAGAACAGAUGGAUGAACUGUGGCUGAAAGAUGGAAGCACGGAUUGGCCCUUCAGCUCCCCGACCCCUGUGGAUGGGCUGUCUGUGAAGGUUCGGAGUGCAGACCCGUACUCCAUGAAAGAGCAGGUAGAAGUCAUCACGCCUUCAUCGGAGAGUAUGAGCUCCCUGUCCACUCCAUUUGUUGCGAUUGAUUCAGGAAGACCCCGGAGGCACUCCUCUCCUUUCCACUUUCCUACCGAAGGGGAGUACAACCAAUCAGAAGAUGCCAUUGUGAACCUGCAGGACCAUUACCUUACAGACGGUGAUUUGGAGCACAGUAUGGUGGGUGAUGAGGACGUGGGGACUCACUAUGGACAUUGGGGUCACCGACGAAUGGAUAUUGGGCUACAUGAGAGAACCUCAUCAUCCAUCGUCUUCGAGGACUCUGGUUGCGACAACGCAUCAAAUGUAGACAAUAGAACAGACGUUUCCGUUGUUGUGACAACAAGUGAGUUUUCUCAAAGAGACUCUGGGACCAAGGACUCCAGUGACAGUAAACCCACCUCUGCAAGUACUUUGUCCAUUUCUCCUCCAAGACCAAAGACCUUAAACUUGGACCUAACCAAAAAUACUCCUGAGAAGCUAAAUCCCAGCUCUCCUAAGGUGUACCUCUAUAUUCAGAUGCAGCUGUGCCGUAAGGAGAACCUGAAGGACUGGAUGGAGGCGCGGUACACUCUGGAGGACAGGCCGCGCACGGAAAGCCUCCAUAUAUUUCUGCAGAUCGCAGAAGCUGUUCAGUUUUUACACAGCAAAGGGCUGAUGCACAGAGAUCUGAAGCCUUCCAAUAUAUUUUUUACAAUAGAUGAUAUAGUAAAAGUGGGAGACUUCGGGUUGGUUACAGAGAUGGACCAAGAAGAAGACGAAGAGGCGGCUUUGACGCCAAUGCCAGCGUAUGCCCGACAUACCGGGCAAGUGGGAACAAAGCUGUACAUGAGCCCAGAACAGAUGUAUGGCCAAAGCUACUCGCACAAAGUGGACAUCUUCUCGCUGGGGCUAAUUCUAUUCGAGCUGCUGUAUCCGUUCAGUACCAAUAUGGAGAGAGUACGAAUUUUAACAGAUUUGCGUGACCUGAAGUUUCCAGCUCUGUUUACUCAGCAAUAUCCCCAAGAGCAAAACAUGGUCCGGCAUAUGCUUUCCCAUAACCCUAGCGAGAGGCCGGAGGCUGAAGAAAUCAUUGACAGCCCUCUGUUUGAGAGCAUUGAACUUCCUGGCAAGCUGACUCUCAGGCAGAGGUCCCGGACUUUGAGCACCUCAGGUCUGAAGGGUGUGAGGCAUCCCAGCAUGUGACCGCUCCAAGUGUAUCGCUCAGAUUUAACUUCUGUUUGACCAUGAAGACUGUCUACCCUCACACCCGAACUAGUUAUCGAGCCCUGACUAAUUUACACUCGGAGAUCUCCUCCUAUCACAGUAGGAUCAGAUUUUAUUUCCACAAAACAUUGGCCAGGUGUCCCUUUGUUGGACAUGGCUUGUAAUGAUUGAGAGCACAUUGUUCCUUUUGGCAUUAUGAAGUCCUAGAGAAUUAUUUUUUUUUCUAAUAUUUUUGGUGGCUAUCGAGUAAUAUGGACUUUUCCUCUGCUUGGACACCACACCUAAUAAUAUUCUACAGACUUAAUGUUUUAUAAAAGAUGAUCUGUAGGUUUGAUAACUGGUCUUUUUAAUACGUUUUUACAUGAUGAUGUAAAGCACAGAUUUUUGAACUCUGGAGAAAAUGAUGGUUGUCCAUGGUAUAUAUCAAAUAUAUUUCUAGGUUUGGAUGGGGAAGUUAUGAAAUACUACUGGGGUGUUAUCAUGUCCUCUAAAGUAAAUACUGUUCAUUCCGUGAGAACUUGUAAUUUAAGGCACUUUAAAUAAGAAAAAAAAACUUCUCUGUUCACAUUGGAGGCAGCCAUUUUGUUGGGCUUGUCACGUUUUCUUAUAAAAUAUAGCCGAUCCUGAACUAGCAACCCAGGGUGCUGAGGGAGAGAUGCAAUGUAACAUGGCCUAUAGAUCUGACAAAUGGGGGCAGUUAUGCCAUCAAGAUGGCAUGACCACACUGCCAGGGCAAGGCCCUGAAAUUCAUAACACACUGCGGCAGUGCCUCACUUCAUUCCAGGGCCUUGCUUUUCUCAUUGUACUCACCUGUACCUCCGUCUUUCAGCCUUACCCCGAGUUCUAAGUGAAUUGCUAGACUAAGCCCUGGUUCAGCGAACAAAAUGGCGCCCCCUCUUUUUGUAAUUUAUACAUCAGUUUAGUUAUGUGCUGCUCCAAUCUAACUAUUGGUAGUUUGAUGCUAAGAGCAGCUAUACAGACUGUUUCCUGUCGCUGAGGCCAUUCCUGUCAGUGUAUUGUUUGUGGUGUUGACCAUAAUCUGUUGUCCUCCAUUAUCUUAAACGGUCGUUUGAGACAAACUGGGCAAAAAUGUAAGGAUUUCCAAACCAGCUGGCGAACCCUCUUCCUAUUUCUACACGUUUACCCUGAGGGGUGUGUUGGCAGCGCUUCAGGGCAUAUAAAGGCCACAGAUUUUUGGAAACGUUUAGGCACCUUCCCUAGAUUUGCACAGUAAAUGUGAUCCCAUUAUUGCCUUACUGCAGUCAUGCUCACCUUGAUUUGCAUUAAGUCUGAAUUGCACUAGAACACUAGGUAAUACCACAUUUACGUCAAAAAUGUUGAAUGUACGGUUACGAACCAUUUCUUUUAAUGUCUUACUACUUUUCGACAAGUUCUUUAAUGUCUUACACGCUACAAGUUAUGUAACAAAUGGGCUUGGGAAUCAUUUAAUGAGUUAAAUUGUGUUUUUUAUUUUUAUGUAAAUGUUUUAUUUAUAUAGGUCGGUCAAUCCAGUGGGUUGGUGCUGUACAGAGCACUUAUUGCAUAAUGAGACCAGUUAAGUGCAUUACAUUGUGUGACUUUUUUUCAAGUCUAAGUGAUUUAAUAAAUAAAAAAAUAAGAAAAA